UAAACAACACACCGAAAACAACACCUUAAAAUGGAAAUGCGCGAUCGACUGUUUCAUCUCAUGGUAAGCCAGAGCUUCUUGUCACGCUCCACGGUGACUGACAGCGUUGCUCGUUUGGCGAUCGUUAAGCUAAACACCUUGGAAGGCAUAGAGAAGGCGGUGGUCAAGCGGCUGCUGACUAUUGAGGAAAAGUACCGCGGUUACUUCGAUAGCUACCAGAAGGAGCUUGCGCUGCAGCGGAUCGCUGCCCAGACGCUAAGCCAGCUCAUCCACCGCCACCAGAUCAACAUGCAGGUGGACACCAGCUGCUUGUGCCCCAAUACCUACGAAAUUGAGUCGGAGGACGCGCUAAUCCAGAAGUUCUACCUGCACUACCAGGUGAUUGACAGAUCCAAUAACAACCAGAUUUGGGCCCUACAAACCUUGCGUCCUUAUGUCCUGAUGUUCCGGCGGGAGUGUGCCAAGUUGGAUCUGCAUGAGAAGAGUGCGUUUAUCCAGGGCGACGGUUUACACAAGCCGAUCAAGUUCUUCAUAGACUUGGUGGAAGAGCUCUUCGCGUACUUCUACAGUAGUCACCUCCAGCUGGACUGUGCUGCCCAGCUGUUGGACCCUAUGGACUUGGAUAGCAUGUUGUACUACCAGAAGCUAUUGGCCCCCAACGAGGACUUCGAUGAGUAUUUUUUGCACAACAUGACCUACUGCAAGUGCCUGCGAGUGCCGGCCAAGUGUCCGCCGUACGAGUGUAAUGUGAAGUUAAGGGGGCAGACCUAUAUUACACAGGCCAAGAAGAAGCGGUGUGCCAGGCGUUGUGCCCAGAUGGCUAAUGACGAAGUCGAGACUCCGAAGCAGGGAUGCAUUGCAACAGAACGUAAAGGGUCCAUCGUCAGCACUCGCAGCGAGAGGGACGGCCGCCCGUACCAGUCGGGAGUUGAAUCAAGAACCUUCUACGGAAAGUGUGCGGUCUCGCAGUGAGCGGUCUCUGUCCAAACGGCUGUUGUACGCCAUCAAGGUGUAGGAUCUCUCGUCUCUGGCUGCAUAAGUCUGAAUUAGGCAAACUUAAAUAGUAAAUAGUAAUCAGGCAAUUAACCAACCGAAAAGCACGUGAUUGCGUUCUCGGUUUCUCGGAAAUGUCUGCGGAAGUGCAGCAAAGUUAUCCCCCCCCUGCCCUUUGGAUAUUUGCUGCACGCAAGUUGCAAGAGUUGCUUACUGCACUUCAAAGUGAUUUUGGAGAUGUUUUUGCAGUCGGUGCGGCAUCCAAACAAAUUCGAUUUCGAGAGACUUCCCACUGGGCACAUUUGGUACUCAAAGAGGCUUAAUUAAAAGCAAACUAAAGUUUUCAUUUCAAUCAAGUGGAUCUCUUCAAAAAUUGUUUCCGAGUAAGUUGAAAUCGAGAUUUAAGGAUUGCAAAGACUUCAAGUUAAAUCUUAAGGUUAAUAAAUUUGUUGUUGAAUAUAAAAAAAUACAAUUUAAAAGCACUUAA